GGAGAAUAAGAAGGAAGGUGCUUUUGUGAAACGCGGUGUGUAUGAGAUCGCGACUCAGACGGCGGAUUUCUUUUCUUUGCGUAACCAGGAGUCGUGUGCGCCAUAGAGAAGAUCAGAUUCGUGAAGAAGACGGGAGAGGAUAAUAAAAGAAGGACACACACACAGAGACAGACAGAGAGACAGACAGAGAGAGAGAGAGACGCGUUUUGCCUCUCCUCAGCCAUUUUGAGUGCGCGCGCAGGGGACUGUUUAUUUUCCUGUUUGGAAACGACUCACCGGUUGCGUUCUAAUCGCAUUGCAUUGCAGACCGAGUGAGGAAGAAAUGGAGCCGCUGUCGGAGAUCUAAGAGGACUGGGAUAUUUUGUAUAUAUAUUUUUUUAAAGCCAAAGGAAAGAUAAAACGCGCGCACGCACCAUUUAAAAGGUGAGCGGACGGACGCCGGGAGAUGGAGCGCAACCUGUCGGGGAUCUACCUGCUGCUGGCGCUCUUGACUCUGCGGCGGUCGAGCGGCGCCACGGCCAAAGAGCUGAGCUGCCAGGAGAUCGCAGUGCCUCUGUGCAAGGGCAUCGGCUACAACUACACCUACAUGCCGAACCAGUUCAACCACGACACGCAGGACGAGGCUGGCCUGGAGGUGCACCAGUUCUGGCCGCUGGUGGAGAUUCAGUGCUCUUCAGACCUGCGCUUUUUCCUGUGCAGCAUGUACACACCCAUCUGUCUGGAGGACUAUAAGAAGCCGCUGCCGCCGUGCCGCAGCGUGUGCGAGCGCGCCCGGGCCGGUUGCGCGCCUCUCAUGCGCCAGUACGGCUUCCCGUGGCCCGACCGCAUGCGCUGCGAGCUGCUGCCCGUGCAGGGAAACCCAGACACACUGUGCAUGGACUACAACCGGACGGACGCUACAACCGCCGCUCCAGUGCUCCCGAAACCUACAGGAUUCCCGGGAAGGACGCACGGAGGCAGCCGUGGAGGACACGCCAAGCGCAAACCGGCGCCGCAGCCGUGUGAGGCCGGGUGUCAGUGCCGCGCGCCGAUGGUCCGAGUGAGCAGUGAGCGGCACCCGCUCUACAACCGCGUCAAAACGGGUAGAACACCCAACUGCGCCAUGCCCUGCCAUAACCCGUUCUUCACCCCAGAUGAGCGGGCGUUUACAGCCUUCUGGAUCGGCUUGUGGUCUGUCCUGUGCUUCGUGAGCACUUUCACCACCGUGGCUACGUUCCUGAUAGACAUGGAGAGGUUCAAGUACCCAGAGCGACCCAUCAUCUUCCUGUCCGCGUGCUACAUGUUCGUCUCAGUCGGCUACAUCGUGCGUCUGAUCGCAGGCCACGAACGAGUCGCCUGCAGCCGAGAACACGACGUCGAACACGUUCACUAUGAGACCACAGGACCAGCGCUGUGUACCGUCGUCUUCCUGCUCAUCUACUUCUUCGGCAUGGCCAGCUCCAUAUGGUGGGUGAUCCUGUCUCUGACGUGGUUCCUGGCGGCGGGGAUGAAGUGGGGCAACGAAGCCAUCGCAAGCUACUCGCAGUACUUCCACCUGGCUGCAUGGCUCAUCCCGAGCAUGAAGUCGAUAGCUGUUCUGGCGCUGAGCUCGGUAGACGGCGACCCUGUUGCGGGCAUCUGCUACGUGGGCAACCAGAACCUGGACAACCUACGGGGCUUCGUGCUCGCACCGUUGCUCAUCUACCUGUGCAUCGGAGCCAUGUUUCUGCUCGCUGGGUUUGUGUCGCUCUUUCGCAUCCGUAGCGUCAUUAAGCAGGGUGGCACGAAAACGGACAAGCUCGAGAAACUCAUGAUUCGCAUCGGGGUGUUCACUGUGCUCUAUACGGUGCCCGCUGCGGUCAUCGUGGCUUGUUACUUCUAUGAACAGCACAACCGGCAGCGCUGGGAGGCGGCACACAACUGCGCCUGCGCAAUGGACCGUGAGCGUAAUGCAGAGAGGCCUGACUAUGCUGUGUUUAUGCUCAAGUACUUCAUGUGCCUGGCUGUGGGCAUCACAUCAGGCGUGUGGGUCUGGUCAGGGAAGACUGUUGAGUCAUGGCGGGCGCUGUGCGCGCGCUGCUGCCGAUGCCGCUGGGCGGGCAAGGGUGCGAGCAGCUCAGCAUAUAGCGACGUGAGUGCAGGGCUGACGUGGCGCUCAGGCACAGCCAGCUCGGUCUCCUGUGCCAAGCAGAUGCCUUUGUCCCGGGUCUAGAGGAGCUUGGCGCAUCACUUCCUGCUUUUUCUACCCACACAUUUCCAUACAAAUGGACUGCUAUGGGGUUUCUGUUAAGCACAAAGACUGGCUGAAACAAUCGAACCCAUCAUCACCCCUCGUGUGUGGUUUACUUUCCUGACAUUUCUAUUCAUAUGGACAUGACAUGCAAUCAGUGAUGCUUACAGAGAAUUAGGCAUUGCAUUGUCCCAAGUGGUGCUGAACAUUUCCCCCAAUCUUUUAGCAUUUAAACUCAAAGGUUUCUGUUUAACUUUUUUUUUUAGUUUAAAGAAUGUCUAAACAAUCAAAAAUAUCAAAGAUGCUCUCUCUCUCUCUCUCUCUCUCGCUCUCUCAAAUAAGCCUUAAAAAGUCUUAAAGUUUUAGUGCUCAAAUACUUCUACGGGUUGUUUUUUUAUCAUAAUGUAUUUAUACACAU